AUGGGAACUAGCAAGCCGAGGACGGCGGCUUGUUACCUUGGGACAGUGUUACUAGUCAGUCUACUACGUCUUGCUCGCGCCCAAGGCACUGCGGUUCCAGGAGACGCGCAGUACCUCUUCGGGUUCCCAUUCUGCCAGUGCGAUGAUUAUCGUUGCACCUCGUCUCCAUAUAAGCCGACAGUAGCUUCCCAAGAAAACCUUGCAAACGGACAGUACCGGGUAUGCUUUAGCUUUCAAGAUGUGGGCUGCACGUCUGGUAACGUUUGCUGCGAAGCCAUUUUACAGCAGAUGUCAAAGGUUGAGUUCCAGGCUGACAAGGUCUGCAACAAGAGCAUCGUUGCCGCGACCUUUGGGGGUGUCAGCUUUACUGGUUCGACCUACUUUGAACUGGAUAACGCCGUGGGUAAAGUCCGUGUGGCGGGCCUUGCCGCGACGCGAACAAUGGUGCGGAACAGCCAGCUGUGCUUCACCAUUCGGCCGCCAUGCGCUUCUUUCGACAUCUUUUUCCAGUCCGCUAAGCUGGGCCUCACAGGGCUGUUCCAAUAUGCCAUCUUCGACCAGACUCACAAUUGCUGCCCAACAUGUGCACUGAGGCCGCCAUCUCCCCCGCGCCCUCCUCCCGUCUCGAGUCCGCCACCCAUGCCGACUCCACCCAAAUCUCCUCCGCCCCCACCGCCGCCGCCUCCCCCACCGCCACCGCCAUCGCCUCCUCCUCCGCCACCGCCGCCGCCUCCGCCACCACCACCACCCCCUCCCCCAUCGCCACCGCCGCCGCCGCCUCCACCACCGCCACCGCCGCCUCCACCACCGCCGCCCCCAAGCCCGCCGCCACCACCGCCGCCACCGCCGCCACCGCCACCACCACCGCCACCACCUUCGCCACCGCCACCACCGCCACCUCCACCCCCACCACCGCCGCCACCACCGCCACCACCCCACCCGCCGCCUCCACCACCGCCACCUCCACCGCCGCCACCGCCGCCGCCGCCGCCUCCGGUUCCACUUGCACCCUCUUCCCCAUAUUGCGAUUGCCUCAGCCCGCUCGUGAACACUAACAGCCGCUGGGCCGUUUCAUACGUGGCCUCCAACAUUACCAACGGUGAACUACUCUAUAACUUCAAGAUAUCGCUGAAUGACGGUACCCAUUGCCGGGCAAUUAAUUACCGUAACGGUUCUUGUUGCAACGCAACCCUGGAAGGCGUGUCCCUACCCAUAUUAGACCAAUACCGGACCGCCUUCCUCAAGGCCGUCGUGGCGCUGGGUGACGAACGGUUGAAAGCUAGACUCUACAAGGUCGAGUACGAGUAUGGCCUGCGGCUACAGUUCAACGAGCGCCUGUUCGUGACGAGCUUGCCUGCAGGCGCAUCGUUGGCGAUGACUCUGUUUGUCGAUCCGGCCAUCUGGUCGGACGCCAGCAAGAUUCCUUGCCCGCCGUCGAGAUUGGACCCCUAUGGCAGCGCUUGCGACUACUGGCUGCACGGCCUGCAGACGGCGCCUGGCAAGCCGGAGCAGGAGCUGGUCAACGUCCAGACCGCCGCCUCAUGUUGCCCUGAGGGUGUCAUCAGCUUUUGCCCAGCUGACAACGCCGGUGCCUGCAUGUCCGACCUAACCGCAAGCCCCUACACCCUGUCCUUUGCGUCUCGUGUUCAAGCCGGAUCUAAAACCAUUUUCAGCUUCCAGCUGGCCCACCGCAACCUUGUCAGUACUUGCUCUGCCAUGGCCAUCGACAGUGUUCUGCUUUUCGUAAGCCGUUCGUACGCUUUACCAAGCGCCGCUGCGACUCUGGGCUCUAUCAGCACCACUGUCGCGCCGGGUAGCAUUGGGCCGCAGUCGUAUCUGAACAUCUCGAUGUCGUCUUACGCUUCCGUACAGCCUAACACGCUGACACUGGAGUUGGAAGGGAAUUUGGAGUUGUCGGACAUUUGCGUUACUCCCGCGGGCAGCUCUCGUGUGUGCAACUAUGUCCUCGUGGGUGCACAGCGUUCUGGUGGCACAUCGCAGGCGUGCUGCCCCGCCGGAAACAUCCCCGCAACACUGCCGUCCGGCCGUCGUCUGCUUGCGCUGGCCGAGGAUGUGCACGGAGUGCUUGCGGCGGGUGGCUCCAUUUGCAGCAAGUACGACGCCUUCUCUUCGUGCUUUUCGGUUGCACCAGUAGAGAUUUCGGAGACGUUUGAUGAGGGCAUGACGUUUUCCUACAAGCUCACGCGCACCAGCGUUGAGGCGAAUUGCCCGUCUGAGUUCCAGGUGAUGGUGUCAUCGGCCGCCAUGGCAACAUUUAAGCAGGGCCGCGGCCACAUCUGGGCCGGCGGUAUUCCGGCGGGGGAUCACUUCAGCUGGAUGCUGCCGGCAGCCGGCUCCGCCGUCGAUUCCGCGAUUGGCUCAACGCACAUUGUAUCUUUUACACUUCGCGGUCACAGCAUGGAUCGCCUCAGCCGCGUGUGCACGCUACAAGGGCAGGAUUCGUGUAUUUUCCGCCUGCUAGGUGAAUCAGGUUGUUACCAAGACACCACUUUUACAGUGGCCGGGCCACGUGACCAUUAUCGACAACAGACGCUAGGCGGCGGAUUCAACAUUGAACGGGCCCCCAUCUACAACAACUUCUUUUCGGAGCUCCCGCAUUACCCGCCUUCAACGCUAAGGUUGAAGAAUGGCGACCGACUGCCCGCCUUCAUCGACCGUAACUACCAUCAGCAGAACCGGGACCAGACAGAUUUGCAGCAGCGCAGUGACGCUAUGGCCGUGUCGGGUAACCAGCGUCCCAAAUAUUUUCGCCGACCGCUCCUCGCCGCGGCGGAGAUUCACGUGAAGCAGGCGCCCCUGCCGCCGCUACCUCAGUAUCAGGACUUGAACGCCACGGCACCCGCCGCCAUGGGCGGCCCCGAACCACGUAGCAAAACCAUCGGCACACAGUCUGACUACCGUGAAAAUGAAGCCCAAACCGCUCCCUGGGAGCCAGAUUAUGUGCUCCCAGAGCACCCCACAAUCAAGCAGCAGGCGCUCAGCCAGCGCCACCAUUGCGAUGGCCCCGAGGUUCUUCACCUGCGCGAUAUGGCCUUUGCGGACGGACUGCCGGCGGGGCUGCAGGAGGUCAUCCGCAUCGACAAGAUGCGUGCCAAGCGUGCUUUUGAGGCGACGCUGCCGCCCAUUGACGAUGCGGCGCGGCUGCCGCUGCGCCAAAAGAUGAUUGAGGAAUGGGAGGCGCGGGAGUGGGAGGAGCGCGAGCAGGAAAUCCUGGACAUUCAGGAGCGCCGCCUAGCACUGCUGGACAAUGCGCUGCAGGUUCGUGAGGAGGAGCUGGAUGAGGAGCACCGCCAGCGGGUGGACGACCGGAAGAAGGCCACGUUAGCGGCCCGGGCGGGCAGGUUCGCAGACGUGCAGGCCACCCGCAUCAAGACCAUGCGGCAGCUCAUUGAGAACCGCAAGUACGUGGAAAAGCACCGCAAGCUGCACAAACCCACCAUCGUGGAACGCUACGCCAACUUUGGCAGCGGCACCUACGCGCCCCUGCAGCGCGAGGGUCGCUUUCCCGAGUCUAAGCCCAUGGGCCAAGAGAUUGAGACCGAGGGGUACGAGCCCGCCACUCUCAAGGGUGUCCUGGAGCUGGAGGCCUUCCUGCCCGCCCGCCUGCUCAACCCCAAGAUGUCCGCACCCAAACGCCCUGAUCGCCUGGACUACGGCCAGCGUAAGGAGGCCGCCACGCAGCGGGACCUCAAGACCAUCAAUGACCUGUUGGACGUGUCCAAGGCCACCGCAGGUAGAGGCCACGGAGAUUGCUGGCCAGCGCCUCUUAGGGACGACUCACUCGGCAGCCCCGGCCUGGGCAACCCGGGCUCCCUAAAACGCGCAUCUUCAAGCAGCCUCUCAAAAUCCGGCGCCCAGCAGCCGCCUGCUAGCGCGGGCGGCAUGGGCGCCGGGCAGCUGCCGCCAUCGGCGGCCGCCGGCAGCGGCACCGUCACCGCAGCGGCUGCCUCCGGCGGCGGAGGUGGAGCCGCCGCAGCCGCCGCCUCCGGCGGCGGCUCCACUUCCCCCUCGCGGCGCGUGCUGCGCGCGAUGGAGCGGCCGGCGACGCCGGAGCUGCCGGUGCCGCCAGCGCUGUCGCAGCCGCAGCACGCGGCGUUGGUGUUGCUGCAGCGGCUGCUGCGCGGCCGUGCCGCUCAGAACAUCAUGUACGAGGGGCGGCUGCGGCGGCAGGAGCUCAUUGAUGAGUUGCGCGUGUCGGAACGGCUCAGCGGCGAUGGGGCUCGCCUUGACGGCAAGCCAAUCCGCCGGCCAGAGGAGCGCGACGCUGCAACGCUGCGACUGGACGCGUUGCUCGGGUCGACUGUGGCGGAGGUGUGUGCCGUACUGUCUGAAGUGGAUCCGACCAAGCGCGAGGUCCUACUUGCGGCGCUCGAAACCUCCCGCGCCCACGCCACCGCCGCCGCCUUUGCCGCCGCGGCCUCUGAGCUCGCCUCUGCCGACCUCACCGCUGCCGCUGCCGAGCGCACCUCCCGCUCCUCCAUCCCGUCGGCAUUGCAAUCGGCGCCGCUGUCGUCACUCUCACAAAAGUCCCUACAUACGGCUGCUGUUAAUCUCGAGGCGCUCGGCAUCACCCGUGAGCAGGCAGAAGAAGCAGCCACACGCAUCCAGGCGGCGUUCCAUGGCCAUAAGGCCCGUAAGGAGGUGGCGGCAAUGCGCGAGCGCGGCGCACUGCUGCGGAACAUCAUGGCCAACGGGGAGGAGGGCAAGGUAGUCAAGUGUCAGGCAGCAGUGCGCGGCUAUCUGGAUCGCAAACGGGUCCAUCAGAUGCGACAUGCUCAGGCGGAAGCACAGGCAGAGGACAGCGGCGCGAAGGCAACUGCUGGGGCGGAAGGGGAGGAAAUGGGGGAGAGGAGCGAAGCCGGAUUCGGGUUUGACCCCUCGUCAUACAGCCCUGAGCAGGUGGAGGCGGCGAAGCGCAUUCAGGCUGUACAACGCGGCCGGCUCGCGCGGCGGCGGAUGGCGGCAAUGCGCGCCGCACGGGACGUGGCAGCGGAGGAGCCGCCCGUCACAGGGGAGACCGGCGGUGACGAGCAUACGGCCGUAGCGACGGAGAGGGAGCUCAAUCCGGAAUACACGGUAGAGCAACAGGUGGCGGUUAUCAAGAUCCAGGCGGCAGGGAGGGGCUACCUGGCACGCCGCCGCGUUGCUGCCAUGCGGGUGGAACAGGAGCAACUGCUACAGGAGGAAGAAGGAACAGGCAGCAGGCGUCCCACUGUCAUUGGCAGGCAGGGCGAUCCGGAGAUGUACGUGGCAGCGGCGGCGGCGGCGGCAGAAGCUGCUGCCGCCGCUGCUGCAGGUGGCGACACUGGUGCCGAAGAUGAAGGGCUGUGGCCCAAGAUGCAGAACCUGUCGGGCUUUGUGCUGACGCCCGCGGCGCCGCCAGGAGGACAGGAAGCCGUGUCAUUGCUUCCGAUAUCCCCGGAGGCGGAGGCGGAGCGCGCAUCCUCUCAGCGGCCUGCGGAAGGGGAAGCGGAAGCGGAGGCCAGCUUGGCGGGAGGCGGAUUUGGCAGCAUGGAGGACGCGGGUGCGGUGGAGGCGGAGGCCCCGCCAGAAGGGGAGCCGUCGCUCGCCGUCGGCAGCAGCGGUGCCGAAGGCGGCGAAGGGGACGAGCCAAGGCCGGCUCCGUCCGGCAUUGCUGACGAAGGCUCGGCAGCGGAGGCUGCAGGGGAGGAAGCAGAAGAGGCCGGUGGAGAGGCAUACAAGGGGCGGGACGGUGACGGAGAGGGGCAGGAGAAUGGGCUUGGUGAGGAAUCCCAGGCGGGGCCUGAAGAGGGAGAGGGAGGAUAUGAGGAGGGCGGAGAAGAAGGGGAGGAGGGCGAGGGCGAAGAGGGAGACUGGGCAGAGGGUGAAGGGGAGGACGGUGAACCCCAGGCGGAGUAAAGUGGUGGUGAACGGUCGGGUAGGUGAGCGGAGGCGGUGCUGCGGGUGCCUAGCGAAGUGGUUGUGUCCUUAUGCACUUGCUUUCUUGUGGUGGUUGGGCCAGAUGCCUGUGACUUUCAUCACUCGUGGUUAGGUAUUUGCACGCGGCUCGGCCUGUGAUCCCUUGUGGUUUUCCCCUUUUUCCCUUUGGGGUUCGUAGUCCUAGUGCGCUGAAUCGUGGACAUGCAGUGAGGUGUUGCUGGGCGAGGUGCAAUGCGCCUUGUGCCUUGGCGCUGUGGUGGCGGCGAGGGGGAGAGACGCCGCAUUACCAGCGAUGCGAUCCUCGCCGCGUCGUCAUUACUCUGCGAAUGUACGGUAAUCGGCGUACUGUCCCCAAUCAACACGUUGGCAGAAGAAGAAGGCAUAACAUGUGUGCGUAUGUGUGGAUAAGUAGUAUGCACAUGCGUGGCAUUGCCUCUCUGUCGGCUCCAUAGGCCCUUGGCGUUUUUUUAUUGGACGAAAACAAGGGAGGGAAGAACGUUUGGUGGCUUAGAGGAAGGGCGGCUUAGGCGAAUGACGCCCUUUGCUGCUGUACACAAGAGGCAUCAGCAGCAAAGGAAAAGCGGGUCGGAGGGAGCAUGGGAAGAGGGGGCCAGGGGGGGAAAGGGAGAGACUGGUGAUACAUUAGUGAGUUGCUUUUGCGAAGCCGGCCUCCCUCAAAACCCCCACCCCAAGGAGCAUGGGCGCUAAACCGAAGAAGUGCCGGGGCUUCGUCACUCAUUCCCUCGUGAGUUUGUGUGUGUGUCGUCCCAGCUUCACCGCGACACUCGCAAUCCGCCGUCUGCAUUUAGUUUGUAUGUUGGGCCCGGUGUUCCUUCCCCGUAACCCUCUGGGAAUGUUACUGUGGGGCGGGUGGAGGACAAGUAUCUGUAGUAAAUAAUGAAUCCGUCGGCAUGCAUGUUAACCUGUGUGCAUGCAGGGGGAGGACGGGUGGCGGCCUGGAGGGCUGCUAUUUUGUGCUUUGUUGCGUUGCGGGUCGUUGCACACCGUGUAAGGAGGCGGAGGGAGCUAUGAGUGAACAUGUGUUUGAAUCUGUCUUUCUGUCUGUGCAACCUUUUGGUUUGCUGCUGCUGGUGCUGCUACUGUGCUUGUAUGUAAACACAUGAACGGCGG